AUGACACCGUCGCUCAACAACUGUCAACAGCCACCGCCCUCCUCCAAGGGCGUCGUGACCCAGGGGCGAGGCACUUCGACCUCGCCGUCGCGCAACCCGUGGAACGCCUCCAUGGAUGCGCUCGGGAGGCGCAGCCCUAGCUACGCGGACGUAACGUCUGGACGCGCGUCGCCAACGAUGCAUCAGGCCGACGCCGCUCCCCAGACCGAGCAGACACCGGCGGCCGAGCCUACCGGGGUCGCCGCCGCUCCGCAGGCCCAGGCUGGCUAUAACAGCGACGAGCUGCAUGUCCUCGACAUCGAAAAGGCCCUCGCGACGCCUACGGCGGACUUCCCGGACCUCCCGCGUACCCCAGUCCGCGCGGUGCGCACCGGCUUGGAUAGACGUCCGGGACUGCACCCACAGUCCCCCGGGGCGACGUCCCCGUCGAGCCCCCUAGCAAACGCCCUGCAGAAGAAGAAGGACAAGAAAACGAACAAAGGAAAGGCGAAGAUGACCAAGCGUAAGCAGAAGCUCGCUCUGAUCGGAAUUGGCCUCCCCCCGUCCUCCCCGCCCCCGCCGUCGCCCGAGGACGAGGAUGCCGUGCCCCAGCGCAUCCCCAGUGAGCCAAGAAAACGCCGCCGCACCUCGGCGCAGCUGGGCGGCGAGAACGACGACGUUCCCGCCGAUAGCUCGCGCCUCCAGCCAUCGCCUGUCGCCGCUCCGCCCGUCGCCCACCAUCGCACCGCGAACGGAGAGGACGAGCCCGAUGCCAACCACGACCGUGGACUGGACUACGGACUGACUACCGCCUCGAUCCUGGCGGCGGGUGGCAUUGACCCGACGCUGCUGACGGAUGUCCAUCACCCACGCCCGCUCCGUCCCUUCUCCGUCUCCCAGCUCGAGCCACAAGCAGGCCCCGUCUACCUGCCCCACCAGCUCGCUGGCCCCGCGCACCCGCCUCGACAGGAACCGCGCGCCGCAUCCUUCGCAGGGUUCUGGCGUGCCGGAACGCAACCUGCCUACCGGUCGUCGCGCCCGGUAACCCCGAGUGCAAACCAUGAACGGCCCGCUCCCUCUUUCGCUCAGAGGUGGGGAAGCGCGAUCCCAAGGCUCCCGACGAGGUCGAGCCCCUCGAGGGCAAGCAUCGCCCACCGCCAAACGCGCACCUCCGCCACACCCACGACGUACCCUCAGCACAACGAGCCGGCGGCGGGUCCGAGCCACCCCACGACCAGCUCCACAUACUUUGAGGUACCGACAGCAGGGCCCAGCCGCCUGCCGAUGGACCCGCCCAAUGCCGCCCCAGCCGGCCUUACGUGGCAGAUACCGUUGACCCGCUCUGCUUUCGAACUGGACAGGCCCGACCACAGUCGCGCCCAAUCCGCAAUGUCGAUCGAGCAGGACGGCCCGCCGCCGCCGCCGCCCCUCCCGAGCACACAAGCCCCGUCCCAACAUCCCUUCUACCGCUUCCGCGCACGAACUCCCGCACCGCACCACGAGCCAUACUAUCGCGCCCCACCAGCAGGCCCCAACGGAGCGCAGGACUUCGAGAUGGCGGGCCCACCCGCGCCGCCGGCACGCAACCUCUACGCUGAGCCGAACCAUCGCCAACAACCCCCGCCCGACAUCCCUAGACCCGCUGGUCCUCUGCACCCUAUCGCGCCCGCUCUACCCACCAUGAUUCCUCUCUCCAGCGUGGCCGUCACCCCCGCCCCUAACGGAAACUGGCUGCCCAUCAUCGGAGGAGUCCACCCGUUCUGGCCCGUGGACAACAUCGACCGCCCGCAGGUUAACACCUGGAUCGGCCGGAACACGCCAGCUGUCCUCGUCUCCGUCGCACGGCAAGGCGCUCUCGACGGCGACGGCUACACCAAACGCCUCGCGAUCGAGACGGUCCUCCGCGACCAAGGCGGCGUAAGGAACCCGCCGAUCAUCAACCACAGAGGCGAGAACGAGCCACCUCACUGGAUCGCGGUCUUCGGCAUUAACGACUACGAACGCGUAAGCCUUCUCCGUCGGAUCUGGAUCUCGACGGAGGCCAUCACGAUCGGCAUCAUCGACUUCACCUUCGACACGUCCCCCUUCCUGGGCUUUUGGACCAACAUCCACCUCUUCCCCGACGCGACGGAGGACGGAAUGCGCAGGUCAGUCCAGUCGGCCCUCGACCACAUCCUCUACAACGAAGGCGAGAUUCUGCACCGCUUCAUCGAGAAGGAUAUCGCGUCCGACGGAGGACGCUGGAGGAACUCGACCCUUGACCACGCAUACAUGUACGUCCGACAGUCUGUCCGCGUUGACAUCCUCCGCCGACGCGCCCCCGGCGACAAAAUUGCACCUCUCGCGCGCAUUUACUGCGAGCCGCCGACGGCCAACUUCGCAGAGUGGCUCAUCUUCCGAGACCGCAUACGCACGUACCAUUUCGGUAAGCUAAACGCAGACGGCCCAGCCCACCUCAACAUCACCUACAAGUGCAAGACCUGCCACGCCAUCGACCACCCCACUGGUCUGUGCUACCUGCACGCCGUCCCUGGCUGGCUCGGCCCGAAAGGCGACAAGUCGGACUCGCAUGACGACGAAACGACCCGUCUCGCGACGCCCGGGCAGUCCCAACAGACGAACACCUCGCAGGCUAAUGUCGAGCGUGGCAGGAGCCGCAACAGGGGGCCGAGCAGAGGUCGCGGAGGACGAGGCUCCAACGCGAGCCGUAACCGUGGCCGCUGA